UCAGCGGCGCCGGGAGGGGGGGUCGGUGUGGGGGAGAAUGGCCGCUGCCGCCGUCACCCGCGGGACCCCGGGAGCACAGACUCCCCCUCCCCCCGGCCUGAGAGGCCGGGGGUGACCUUGCCCCCUGGAGCCCUCACCAUGAAUACCAAGGACACCACCGAGGUUGCUGAGAACAGCCACCACCUAAAGAUCUUUCUCCCCAAGAAGCUGCUGGAGUGUCUUCCUCGCUGUCCACUGCUGCCUCCUGAGCGGCUUCGCUGGAACACAAAUGAGGAGAUCGCAUCCUAUUUGAUCACCUUUGAGAAGCAUGACGAGUGGCUAUCCUGUGCCCCAAAGACAAGGCCUCAGAACGGCUCCAUCAUCCUCUACAACCGCAAGAAGGUCAAGUACCGGAAAGAUGGUUACCUCUGGAAGAAGCGCAAGGACGGGAAGACCACCCGCGAGGACCACAUGAAGCUGAAAGUCCAGGGCAUGGAGCCUGUCUCCUGGCAGUGUCUCUAUGGCUGCUAUGUUCACUCCUCCAUCGUCCCCACAUUCCAUCGGCGCUGCUACUGGCUGCUCCAGAACCCCGACAUCGUCCUUGUGCACUACCUGAACGUCCCGGCCCUGGAGGACUGUGGGAAGGGCUGCGGUCCCAUGUUUUGCUCCAUCAGCAGCGACCGUCGAGAGUGGCUCAAGUGGCCCCGGGAGGAGCUUCUGGGGCAGCUGAAGCCCAUGUUUCACGGCAUCAAGUGGAGCUGUGGGAACGGCACAGAGGAGUUCUCUGUGGAGCAGCUGGUGCAGCAGAUCCUGGACACCCACCCGACCAAGCCCGCACCCCGAACCCACGCCUGCCUCUGCAGUGGGGGCCUCGGUUCCGGGAGCCUCACCCACAAAUGCAGCAGCACGAAACACCGCAUCAUCUCUCCCAAAGUGGAGCCCCGAGCUUUAACCCUGACCUCUGUCCCCCACCCCCACCCCCCUGAGCCUCCUCCGCUGAUCACUCCUCUUCCCCAAGAGGUCCCCAAGACACAUACUUCCCCUUCCUCCUCUUCCUCUGCUUCCUCAGGCUUUGCGGAACCCCUAGAGAUCAGGCCCAGCCCGCCCACCUCCCGAGGGGGAUCCUCCCGAGGGGGCACUGCAAUCCUCCUCCUGACGGGACUGGAGCAGCGUGCUGGGGGCUUGACGCCCACCAGGCACUUGGCCCCUCAGACUGGCCCCAGGCCUUCUGUGAGCUUGGCUGUGGUUGUAGGAUCCGAGCCCCCUGCCCCACCAGCCCCUCCCAGCCCCGCUUUCGACCCUGAUCGUUUUCUCAACAGCCCCCAGAGGGGCCAGACAUAUGGAGGGGGCCAGGGGGUGAGCCCGGACUUCCCCGAGGCAGAGGCUGCCCACACCCCCUGCCCUGCCCUCGAGCCUGCUGCUGCCCUGGAGCCCCAGGCGGCUACUCGGGGUCCCCCCCCACUGCCAGGAGCAGGUGGGAGAAGAGGAAACGGCUUCUUCAUUCAAGACGAUGGCACUGGGGAGGAACUCAAGGCCCAGGGCGCUGCCCCACCCGCACCUUCUCCCCCUCCAUCCCCCUCGCCCUCACCUGCCCCAUUGGAGCCAGCGGGCAGGGGAAGCAGAGGGGAGGCCUUGUUUGGAGGAGCUGCUGGGGCCAGCGAACUGGAGCCCUUUGGUCUUUCAUCAUUCCCCGACCUCAUGGGAGAGCUCAUCAGUGAUGAGGCUUCAGGCGCCCCUGCCCCAGCCGCCCCACUCUCUCCAGCUCUCAGCAGCAUCACGGACUUCUCCCCAGAGUGGUCCUACCCGGAGGGUGGGGUCAAGGUGCUCAUCACAGGUCCCUGGACAGAGGCCGCUGAGCAUUAUUCCUGUGUCUUCGAUCACAUCGCGGUGCCGGGCUCACUCGUCCAGCCUGGUGUCUUGCGCUGCUACUGUCCUGCCCACGAGGUGGGGCUGGUGUCUUUGCAGGUGGCGGGCCGGGAGGGGCCCCUUUCUGCCUCUGUGCUCUUUGAGUAUCGAGCCCGCAGAUUCCUGUCACUGCCGAGUACUCAGCUUGACUGGUUGUCACUGGACGACAGCCAGUUCCGGAUGUCCAUUCUGGAGCGCCUGGAGCAGAUGGAGAAGCGGAUGGCCGACAUGGCAGCAGCCGGGCAGGCUCCCUGCCGUGGUCCUGCUGUGCCUCCGAUUCAGGACGAAGGCCAGGGGCCCGGGUUUGAGGCCCGAGUGGUGGUUUUGGUAGAGAGCAUGAUCCCUCGCUCUACCUGGAGGGGCGCCGGACGUCUGGCGCACGGGAGCCCCUUCCGGGGCAUGAGCCUCCUGCACCUGGCUGCUGCCCAGGGCUACGCCCGCCUCAUCGAGACCCUGAGCCAGUGGCGGAGCGUGGGGACAGGGAGCCUGGACUUAGAGCAAGAGGCUGACCCACUCAACGUGGACCACUUCUCUUGCACCCCCCUGAUGUGGGCCUGUGCUCUGGGACACCUGGAGGCCGCUGUGCUCCUCUUCCGCUGGAACAGACAGGCGCUGGGCAUCCCUGACUCUCUGGGCCGCCUGCCCCUGUCCGUGGCGCAGUCCCGGGGCCACGUGCGCCUCGCCCGCUGCCUGGAAGAACUGCAGAGACAGGAAGCUUCGGUGGAGCCCCCACUUGCCCUGUCGCCCCCCUCCUCCAGCCCAGACACUGGCCUGAGCGGGGUCUCCUCGCCCUCGGAGCUGUCGGACGGCACGUUCUCCGUCACAUCAGCCUACUCGAGCGCCCUGGAUGGCAGUCCUCCCCCAGCUCCUCUGCCGGCCUCGGAGAUGCCGAUGGAAGAGGCUGUCCCGGGCCAGCUCUCCGCUGGGGCCCCUGACACCCCCCUAUUCCUCAUGGACUGUGAAGCCACCAACCCCCAAGGGCCAGCACCCUCACCGCCUCCUCUCCCACCAGCCCCCGAAGUGGGGGCCGCUCCCGAGGAAGCAGAAGACCCACCGGCCGUGGACGUGAUCCCGGUGGACAUGAUCUCCCUGGCCAAGCAGAUCAUCGAAGCCACACCGGAGCGGAUUAAACGAGAGGACUUCUCGGUGCUGCCGGAGGCCGGGGCGCCAAUGAGGGAGCGGACAGGGGCCCUGGGGCUCAGUGAGACCAUGUCCUGGCUGGCCAGCUACCUGGAGAACGUGGACCAUUUCCCCAGCUCAGCCCCACCCAGCGAACUGCCCUUUGAGCGUGGUCGCCUGGCCGUCCCUCCUGCCCCUUCCUGGGCAGAGUUUCUGUCGGCUUCUGCCAGCGGCAAAAUGGAGAGUGACUUUGCCCUGCUGACGCUGUCCGAUCAUGAGCAGCGGGAGCUGUACGAGGCGGCUCGCGUCAUCCAAACGGCCUUCCGGAAGUACAAGGGCCGGAGGCUGAAGGAGCAGCAGGAGGUGGCAGCUGCAGUGAUCCAGCGCUGCUACCGGAAGUACAAACAGCUGACCUGGAUCGCGCUCAAGUUUGCGCUAUACAAAAAGAUGACCCAGGCGGCCAUCCUGAUCCAGAGCAAGUUCCGGAGCUACUACGAGCAGAAGCGGUUUCAGCAGAGCCGUCGGGCGGCCGUGCUCAUCCAGCAGCACUACCGCUCCUACCGCCGCCGGCCCGCGGGCAGCCUGCCCGCCCGCGCCAGCAGGGGCUCCUUUCUCACCAAGAAGCAGGACCAGGCAGCCCGGAAAAUCAUGAGAUUCCUGCGGCGCUGCCGGCACAGGAUGAGGGAACUGAAGCAGAACCGGGAGCUGGAGGGGCUCCCCCAGCCCGGCCUGGCCACCUGACUGACGCGCUGCCUUCCUCGCCGCCCCGGGGGCCGCUUCUGGCAGUCUUAACCCGGGUCAGGUCCUCGCGGGAGGGGAGCCC